AUGGGGCCCCCACCACAGCUACUGCAGCAGCAGCAGCAGCAGCAGCUCUCUCCCCGUGUCAGUGGAGGGAACAGGGUACUCUCCUGGGGGCCCCCGUAUAUAUCUGGGGGCCCCCUGACCAGCACCGAUGCCGCACGCAAGUUGAGGGGCCCCCAAGGCCGCACAGCAUGGGGGCCCCUGGGGGGCCCCCCGAGCCCCAGGGGGCCCCUGAGGGGCCCCCUGAGGGGGCCCCUGGGGGGCCCCCCUGUGUCUCUCCUGUGGGCCCUUGUCUUUGCUGUCUGUCUCCUCACGGGGCUUUCCGAGGCCUCAGUGCUGCAGACAGCGCAGACACCCGCAAGGGCCCUUCAUGCUAUCCCCCAGCAGCAGCAGCAGCAGCAGCAGCAGCAGCAACACCAGCAGCAGCAGCAACAUUGGACGACAGUGCAGCACCAUAGGGGGGCCCCCCUUGACUACGCCGGAGGGGGCCCCCGGCUUGCAUGCAGCUGGGAGGGGGCCCCCCAUGGCUGUUUUAUGUUUAGGGGGGGCCCCCUAUUGCUGAGGGGCCCCUCCACAGCUACAAGGGGCCCCCAGAGGUCUCCAUGGGGCCUACCCUUGCAGCAGGGGGCCCCUUACGAUGUAGACGGGGCCCCCUCAUCCCCAGCAGCAGCAGCAGCAGCAGCAGGUGCGCGUAGAAAAGCAGCAACAGCAGCAGCAGCAGCAGCAGCUGCGGGAGAAGGAGCGGACGUGAAUGAGUCACCAUCAUCAGCAGCAGCAGCAGCAGAAGCAGCAGCAAAAGCAGCAGCAGCAGAAGCAGCAGCAGCAGAGGAAGAGGAAGUAGCAGCAAGCCUAGCGCGUGCUGCUUCUGCGUCAGCUGUAGCAGAUGCUGUGUAUAGUGAGCGUGUUGCAGCAGCAGCAGCAGCAGCAACAGCAGCAGCAGCAAGAGCAGCAGCAGCAGCAACUCGCCCUUUCCCCCAUAUACAGACAGACCUACCCGGGGACACCUUCUUAGAGAGGAAGUACCCUUCCUUUGAGGACGUACCAGCAGCAGCAGCAGCAGCAGCAGCAGCAGCAGGAGCAGCAGCAGCACCAGUAUCAACAGCAGCAGCAGCAGCAGCAGCAAAACUGCCGCCUAGAGGCCUAGGUCAUCUCCCUCAGACAGUAGCAGUUGACACAGCAGCAGCAGCAGCAGCAGGAGCAGCAGCAGCAGGACCAGCAGCAGGAGGAGAAUUGGGGGGCCCCCAUGCGGGUGUGGGGGCCCUGGCGGCUGGCGGAGACACAUAA